AUGCUCUCUAAGAGCCCCCCUGCAUUUACGCGCACGUCGCCUAAGAGCGAACAAACAGCACCAGUGCUGGAGGUGGGGACAGCACCGGACAGCGUGCAUCAACACAUAGCCGAUUCAGACGCCCAGAGUAGCAGCAGUGGAGGCCAGAAUGGCAACGAGCAGGCUACUGCUUCUGGCGGGAAGCUCCAGACCUUUUCAGCUGCCAUGGCGGGCAUGCUGAGCACUGACGAGCCCUUCACGCUGUUCGCCCCCUCGGACGAUUUUCUGCUGGAUAUCAGCAGCACGUUUCACAAGUAUCCCAGAACAAAGGAAUUGAUCGACCCCAUGUUGAGUCGGUUAGUGGGCUAUUCAGCCGUGCCUCGCCGCAUCCCAGCAGCGGACAUCCCGCUGGGGGCGUUUGAGCGGUUGGAGUCGAUAACAGGGUUUAUCAUCAAUGUGGGGAGGGACCCGCGCAGUGGGCGGAUAUUCGCUAACGGAGUGCCGAGCAAACAGGUGGAUAUAAUGGAAGGUCAAUUGGUGGUGCACCUCAUAGACGGCAUGCUGGGGCCGCUAGACUUCGUGGAGUCGGUGAGAAGCAUGGACCCUGAUGACGUCAGCAUGGAGGCGGCUCUCGAGCAGGAGUUCAACUCGGGGGCGUUUGUGCGGGGGAGUGAGAGCAGCGGGGGAGGCGGAGGAGGAGGCGGAGGUGGAGGGGGAGGCGGAGGGGAGGCGGAGGGGGAGGCGGAGGGGGAGGCGGAGGGGGAGGCGGAGGGGGAGAGGGAGGGGGAGGGGGAGAGGCUGGAGGAGGAGGGAGCGGGAAGGUGGUUUGGGUUUGGGAAGGGAGGCGCAGCUUCCAAGAAGGAGCCGGAGGAGGAGCCUGUGGAUAAUCUGCCUGUAUUGAAGCCGGAAGUGAUCGCUCAGGAGCAGGUGCGCGAGGAGGAGAAGGCAAAGCCGGGAGUGGAAGUGGACUUUAGGGGAGAACACAAGGGAGCAUCUGUAAUCGAGGUGCCACCACCUGUGGAUCCCACCAAGCUCCCAUGUCUGGGUCGGGGAAUACUGCAGGCAGACAACAAGUGCAUCUGUGCUGUGCUCUAUGGGGGCGAUAACUGUGAGGAAACCCGUAACACGGACAAGCUGACAGUCGACCCGUACGUGGGAAGCUACCUGCUCACUGCACAAGCCGUCAUGCCGCCGCCGCCGCCAGUAGCAGGAGAGGAGGGGGGCGGCGGAGGGGGGUCAGCGACGCGAUCUGCCAUGCUGCUGGAGGGGUUGUCGAUAGAAGAGAGAAGGCAGCUGAGGGCGGUUCUGCCUUUGACCGACAUGUACCAGACGACGGUGUGGGAGACGUGUGCAGUGGUGGGUAACUCGGGUGCGCUGUUGCUGAGGGAGGAUGGAGAGGAGAUUGACAAACACGACAUGGUGAUGCGCUUUGACACAGCACCCACUAAGGGGUACGAGAAGCAGGUGGGGACGAAGACCACGCUGCGCCUGAGCAUACCGGACAAGGCAGGGUUCAGGGAGGGCAACGAGACGGUGGUAUACCACCUGUACCUGAGGGGAGUGAAGGACGAGUUGCAGCAUCUGCUCAACUUCAAGCGCGUCUUCAGAGAGGGGGAGCUCUAUGUUCUAGACCUGGGGUUUGAAUCGCAGGUAUUCAACACCUUUGGCGCAUUCACGUCGGUGGGAUACGUGGGGAUCCAAUUCGCCCUGCAGAAGUGUCACCACAUCGACCUGUAUGGUCUAUUCCUCACUGAGAGGCACGGAGUGAGGCACCACUACUACAACCGCGACGAGUACAUGCCGGCGCACGUGACGAGCGAGCAGCUGGACCGGGAGUUCGUGCAGAGCAUCGAAAUCGCCGAUGCGGAGCUCAUGUGGAUUGCCGACCCUUGUUUAUACGACUGUCGGAGGUCCAUCCAGCGAUGCAGCAUGUGCAUGCGAAUUUCAGUGGACGAACUAAGCCAGAGAACAGAGUGGACAAGCCAACAGCUGGCCCUCAACUCCCGCAGGGAGCAGCGGUGGCGGGAGUUCCUGAAGUGGCAGCUGGUGGUGCGGGAGGAAUUGAAGAAGAGCGUGCGGCUGCAGUUCCAGAUGCAGGCAGAGCAGCGCCGCAUGCGCUCCUCCUCAGGAGGAACAGGAGGAGGAGGGUCCCGCAUGGACGGUUCAGGCGGAGAAGGUAGGAGUGGCAGAGGGAGAGGGGGGUUGGACGCAGUAGGGGCGGGAGGGAGACGAGGAGCGGGAGGAGGGGUUGGAGAGAGGGGAGUGGGGGGAGGGAGUGGAGGAGGGGGGGCGAGAGGGGGGAGUCUACCUGGUGAGAGUGAGGAUGAGUAUGAUAGCAUUGACUGGGAGCGGGUGGUGGUGGAGGAUAUGCUCGAUAAGCUAUCGAUGCACGAGGUGCUGCUGUACUUUCGGAGAAACCACCUCACUAUUCCGGACACGCGCGCUCAGAUGCUCCAGGCGGUGAAGGCUCAUUAUUUCUUCCUAAGGGGGGAGCUGCAGAAGCAGAAGAAUCGCCUGUAUCGCCCCUUCGACUGA